UAGCCGCAGUGCUAGCACUUCCAGCUGCUGCAGCUGACUGACUGACUGACUCUCAUCUGAUGCUCGCUUACAAACCCUGGCGUUAAAAAAAAGAAAACACCACCACUCUAAUGUGCUGAGAGAGAAGGAAAGAAAGGGAACCGGGUCAGAAUGGAUUUGUUCAGGCUGCUGAAUGUCAGCGAGCUCGCUGUUGCUCUGUCCAGGCUGAACAUGUUUCCGUAUUUCGACGCUGCGCAUUAUAUCGUGUCAGUGAUGUCUUUACGGGAACAACCAGGAGCAUUGGAAGUGUCACGCCGCAGUCCAUUAGCAUGUUGGUUCAGUGCGAUGCUGUACUGUUUCGGAGGAGCUGUUCUCUCAGGAGUCAUCAUGGCUGAAGCUCCGAUUGAGCCGCUGGCCAACAGCACCAACAUCCUGCUCGCCUCAUUAAUGUGGUACAUGGUGUUUUAUUGUCCUCAGGAUGUGGUGUACUCCUGCGCUACCAUCCUACCCAUCCGAUUGGUCCUCACGGCUAUGAAAGAAGUGACACGUACAUGGAAGAUUUUGGGUGGAGUUACACAGGCGAGCAGGAAGUACAAAGACAGCCUGUUUGUUAUGAUCGCAGUGGGCUGGGCUAAAGGUGCAGGUGGAGGCCUGAUGAGUAAUUUUGAGCAGCUGGUUCGAGGUAUUUGGAAACCUGAAACCAACGAGCUGUUGAAGAUGACAUACCCCACUAAGGUGACUCUGAUUGGCUCAGUACUGUUCUCUCUGCAGCAGUGUCAGUAUCUCCCCAUCCACAGGCCGCAGCUGAUGCUCCUCUACACCGCCUUCAUUGUCAUCGAUAAGACAAGGAUGAUGCUAAUGGGUUCCUCUUUCUCUCUGUUCGCUGGGUUUGAGUCGGCUCUGUAUGAGGUGCUGUUUGCACGACCUGUGACCUGCUCUUCCCUGACCAAUCAGAGCCAAUCCUCCUCCCACAUCAAUUCUUCUUGCUCCAGCUCAGAGGCCAAAAGCACUUCCUGUGUCAAGAAUGGCUCGUCGCUUCCUCAUGAACAAUGUAAAGACUUGGAGAAGGACAAGAAAAAAACAGAAUAACGCCUUUCUUCUUUCUCUUCUUUUCUUCCUUUUUUUCCGCACAACUGUGAUCUUUUCUCUAAAACACUUUUCCAAUUUUGCAUGUGGGUAAAAACUGAGAAAAAUGAAUUUAUUAUUACAUGUAGCUGUAGAUUUUCUUUUUAUAUUUGAAGGUUUUGCUCAAACUUUCGUAUAACUUUACUGCUGAAUAUUUGUAGAAAAUUCUUUAUUAAUUAUUUCCAAAACUUUUAUCUGUAUAUUUGCUGUGGGUCUGUAAAUAUUGUGAUUUUAUAAACCAAAUCUAUUCUCACCAUUAUAUUUUAUAUUAUUUAUAUUGUAAGUUUAUGCUAAUGUGAAAUGCUCUGUCUGCUCGACUGCAUUCCUGAGAUAAUUUAAUUGAAAAUAUACUGCAAAAUUUAUUACA